CCGGCCCUAUAAAUAUGGACCGAUCGAGUACUCUCCGGUCACAACUCACAAGUCGAUCCAUCCAUUGGUAGCCACAAGAACCCAAGCUAGCUAGCCAAGUCGACGAGGCUUUGUUUUGCAGUAGAGUGGGAGAGAGAUCGAGAUGGAGUGGAGCACGGCGGAGAACGACAGGUUCGAGCGCGCGCUGGCCACGUACGGCGGCGACACCGCCGGCCUCUGGGAGCGCGUGGCGGCGGCGGUCGGCGGCGGCAAGACGGCCGACGACGUGAGGCGCCACUACGCGCUGCUCACGGAGGACCUCGGCGACAUCGAGCGCGGCCGCUACGGCUACCCCUCCGCCAACAACGCCAGCCAUCGCAACAACGGCAGCAACAGAACCAACCGAGCCCAGACAUGAUGGGCCGGGUUCACAGAGUGGAAAUGGACGAAGCACACCUACCAAAGUACGAGCAAGCUAGCUAGCAGCUUACAAGUGUGAUCGUGUAUAUGGACGUACGUAUAUGAUGUAUGUUUGGGGCUUGGGAGUAUAUGUACUACUCCGUAGUAAUCAUACAGCUCUGUCGUCGCGAGACAAGCUACGUACGUAUGUUUGUGUGCAUGUUCCUCUUGUGUGACCGUAGUGUGCAUCCAUGGGUAUAAACUGUAAAGCUCUUUGCAUUA